AUGUUGCUGAGAGCUGAAUACAGGGAUGUCCAUGGGAUUCUGCAGCUGGAUUCUGAACUUGUCACAAAGACCUGCGGAAUCUGUGGCUAUUGGAGACCGGGGAAGGUCAGUACAGGGAGCCAUAACCAUGUACCAGAUGAAAUGGCGUAUGCUUCCCAGAAACCAGCAACAUUGUUCCUGGUUCGGUUGGCUUUUUAUAAUAUUAGAAUUCUUACAUUAGACUUAAUUAUUUCCUGUGCUUGUCCUUUUAAGAGUUUGUACGAGGUUACAUUGGACAUCAUGAUCAAGAGCAGGGUGUGCAAGAUCUUCUGGCAGGGACUAAGAAGAUUCAAAGAAUUUCAGUUCAUUUAUGUGACUACUGAAGCAUGCCAGACCUUUGGUGUGGAAGAAGGCGAGAAGUAUACCAAACUGUCCUUCAACUACAAUGAGUUCAAGAUCAGAAAGGAUCACCUUCCUCUCAGAGCAAUCCAGAUAACCAAGAAGAAACCAGAAUGGAGGACUGAGAAGGAAAUUAAGCUGUUACAAAACUGCUUGCAGUUGCUAGAAAGCUACCGUAAUUAUAGCCCAAAUCUACAGCAUCUUCUGGCUAAGGUGAUUCGCUUUGAACGGUUUGGACGCAGAAGAGUUAUCAUCAAGAAGGGGCACUAUGGAAACACUUUUUACUUCAUCUAUUUUGGUACUGUUGCUGUUACUGAAGAUGAGGAUGGUAACAGUGCCUUUCUGGAUGGAGAUCCAACUUUGCUUCGGAAGGGUGCUGCAUUUGGAGAGAUUGCUCUUUUAAAAGGAACAAGGAGAGUUGCUACGGUUGUCUGCAUGGAAGAAACUGAACUGCUGGUGGUAGAUAAAGAAGACUUCUUUGCUAAUAAACUAGAUGAAGAGCUUCAGAAAGAAUUACAGUAUUGUUACACCUUUUUCAAAGGUUUAGAUGUCUUUCGAACAUGGCCUGAGUACUCAAUAGAGAAAAUAGCUAAUCACUGCAGAGCAGAGAAGUUUCAUUCUGGACAAGUGAUUGUUAGGGACAUUGUGGAGUCAACCAGCAUAAUAUUCAUUACAAAGGGAACAUGUGAAGUUUUACAUCUGGUUGAUCUCACUGCUUGCCCAUCCUAUCACAAGUGGAUCUGUCAGCAAAUGGAUCUUCCCAAAUACAAUCCUCAUUCCACAAUGGAGACUGGUGUCACAGGAAGAAAAAAAUUCAAUGAUUUUAUGUGGAAAUCCUUUCCUGUGCAAGACCUGAGUAAUCUGAAAUCUCUGUAUAUCCUGCCUUUGAAGCACCACAGAGAUGAAUGUUUUAAAAAACCUAGCCAUGUUAUAAAUGGGAAACAUGAAAAUAUAAACAGAAAGCUGGAGAAACAAAAGAGAGAUGACAGAAACAGGGUUUGUAGAUUUGACAACAGCCCCAUUGGGGAUGAAGGUGAGAGAGAAGUUGUUCAGAAUGAAGUAUUGGGGCUUAUACGAAAGAAGCUAACCAUUCUCACACCAUAUGGAGAACUACCCACAGCUCUUGCUGCAGCAGUUUAUACAAGAGUGGAUGAAAUCCAUGCAGGAGAAUUCUUGGGGAUCAGUCAGCAUCUCUUACCAGAAUAUAUGCAAGAUAAGCGAUGCUUCGUUUUGGUUAGCCGAGGAGCUGAAAUAAUACGGUUGAAAAAGGACAGGUUUGAGGAGUUAGCAGAUGAUACGACAAUAAUGAAAUUACACAAAAUAAAGACCACAUACCCCAGUGAUGAUGAGCUUUGUCAGAAGUUCCUAAAACAAAACAACUGGAAAAUGUUCAGGAAAGAUGUGGUGAAUCUUAUAUUGGACCAAAAAUUCAUGAUGAUGGCAAGCCCUCCAUCUGUAAAGCCCAAGGAGGAUGCUAAUAGUUCCUGGAGCGUGAAUCGAGCAGGUGUUCUGGACUUGGCUGCUCUUCGCCGUCCUGCUCCUUCAGGCGCUAGACAACAACAACACAGAUUUGUCCCGGUCCAAACACAACAAAGACAGGAUUCUCAGGCCCUUCCUAAUAUAGAGUUAAGGUUGAUUCAUGGCAUUGCUUUACCACGGCCUCGUUUGAAAGGAUUGUUUUAGUGAGCAUGAGGAAGUCAGACCAGCAGGUUGAAAAAGUACAAAUGCAGCUUAACAAACCAAAAAGUGAAACGGUAUUUUUAUUUGUUAAAAAAUGUUAAAAAAUAAAUUAAAAUAUAUUUUGUUGUU